CAGUGUUUGUGCGCGCCGCUCGGCCUGGCGCAGGCGCAGACAGGGAGCAGGGUCAGGCCGACCGCCAUUGCACAACGCGGAGGACUAGCCUGGGGUCACAGGGAUGCCGCGGCUCCUCCGCUUGUGUCUGCUGUGGCUUGGACUCCUGCUGGUUCGGUUUUCUCGUGAACUGAGCGACAUCAGCAGUGCCAGGAAGCUGUGCGGCAGGUACUUGGUGAAAGAAAUAGAAAAACUCUGCGGCCAUGCCAACUGGAGCCAGUUCCGUUUCGAGGAGGAAACCCCUUUCUCACGGUUGAUUGCACAGGCCUCGGAGAAGGUCGAAGCCUACAGCCCAUACCAGUUCGAAAGCCCGCAAACCGCUUUCCCGGCCCGGGGAAGAGGCACAAACCCAGGUCUGCUGGAGUUUGCUGGAGGCCCACUCCAGAUGCUGUUUGCCUGGGUAUCACCAGCAGAGGCUGCAGAACAGCGAAGAUUGCUGCCUGUUCCUUCCUCUGGAAGCUUCAUCCCAGAGGGGCACCCACUAGAUGCCAGCCAGAGCUUUCCUGUAUGAGUGACAUAAGUGUGAACUUGCCACUCCCCCAUCAAAUCUGGACAGGCUUCUGACCCUUACAACCAGUAGGACAUGGCAGAAGUUAUACUGUGCAGCUACCAAGGCUAAAUCAUAAAAGAUUUAUGCUGAGACACACUGACACACUCACUUUUAAUUCUCUACUCACCACUAUGAAAGGUGACCACCCUGAAGCCACCAUAUUGUGAGGAAAUCCAGGCCACAUGUACAUGUUCCAGUUAACAGCCCAGCUAACAUCCCAGUCAAGAGCCAGCAUCAACUACCCAUCAUGUGAGUGAAGACACCUCCAGAUGAUUCCAGUCCUUUGCCUUCAAGUCACUCCUGGCUGGCAAUUCUUCCCAACUCAUGUCCUAGUAGCCAUUGUGGAGCAAAAACA